CGACACAUCCCCGGCAGACGCCUUGAGGGCAGUGUUCGAUUGCUGCUCGGAGAUGUUUGAGGGCAGUCGUGCAAAAAAGAUCACUCAGUUCGUAACCACAAUUAUUGAAGACUCGCACGGGAGAAAUUUAUUUCAGCUAGCACUCCAUAUGAGUUGUAAGCGUCUGUUGGGAGACGCUCUGGAAUACCUGGUUGAUGAAAGAGUAAAGAUAGAGCUCGAGGCAGCCAAGAGUCACACAAGUCACACAGAGACAGACACAGGGGCAGAUCCACCAAGCGAAGGAAUUAUCGUUGAAGAAGUAAAAGAGUGGCUAAAUAGAGCGGAGCACACUGACCUAGCGACGCUAGCCAGAAUUGAGGAAAGUGUCAUGAGCAGAUAUUCAGGAUUUAACGGUUUUGAAGCGUUCGGUUAUGGCUCCUUUCUGAAGUUCUUGACGAAACACAAAGCGCUGCUUGAAGCUAUAGCUGAGGUUGGUGGAAUUGCUCCGUCUGGCAAAGGGAGAACCGGGCCUGGACUUCGAGUGUCGCUUGAUAGAGUGCUGAAUUUUAUAUCUCAGUGUGGAACUGAACCAUCUCCUGAGUCCAUAGAAGAGUACUUGUGCGAAUAUUACAAAGUAAGUAAAGUGACGGAUCUCGGAUUUGGUUCCUCUGCGAAGUUGGUGAAGAAAGCUGCAGAGCGAAAGAAGAACUUGGCAGGGGCGAACACUCCCUCCAUAUUUUACGAAGCUGCUCUUCUGCGUCACGGUUCUGGAGCGGGAGGUACAGAUAGCAGCAGCGUAAGCACGUGUAGAGGUGGCGUUCUGGGUUUUAAGAAUAAAGAAGAAGCAUUAGAAGCCAUCAAUAGCACUCCCCUCCUCGAGGAUGUUUCUCUCUGGACUCACUGGGAUGAGGUUUUUGGUGGAGAGGUUUCUAAACUUGGUGACCUGAAGUUAUUAUUGGAAAAUGAGGGAAUCCUUUUNGUCUUAGUUUUCUUUGAGCCUCUCAAGAAGUUAGUUGGCUCGACCGAAGCGGCAUCCUUGUUGCUUACAAGCUGCUCUACUCAGUCUCAGCGUAGCCGUCUUCACCUUCUAGGAUUUGCUCUGGGGAUAGGUGAGUGGAGAGAUGACUUUCUUAGCAGAGUUUCAUGUGAAAAAGAGGAAGACAAAGGCCUGGUAUCCGGCAUGUACCGUGAUGACGAACAAAAGAGACCAAUUGCUGUUGUCAAACCUGUGGCAGCUCCUGCUUCGUCGACGCAACAGAUAGAGACUUCCAUAGAACAUGAACAAGAGAGCGAUAUAGCGGUCUCCCUAGAUGAAGAAAGCUUAGCUGAGAUGGGCCAAGACGAAGUAACGUCAGGCACUCAGGAUGAAUUUUUAGAAGAACUUCCCACUCCCUGUUCACCUGCCAGUCAGCAGGAAGAGUGCAAAGCAGUAAUCGAUCAAAUUCGUCGCGAUGACUUUGGAAUUGGUCUUGAGCUCGGAGAGGAGGAGUCCAAACUUGUCCAGCGACAGCGCGAAAGAGAAGGGCGGGGCUUAGCACGUCUGUCCAGUGAGCUCUACUCCAGGGACACCCACUUUGUGUUGGAGCUCGUUCAGAAUGCAGACGAUAAUUCCUACCCCGAAGUUUGCUCUGAGCCAGGAUUUCCGUCCCUUUUGUUUGUCCUUGAGCGAGACAGGAUCGUGAUAUUAAACAACGAAGUUGGAUUUGAGGAGAAGAAUAUCCGUGCGUUGUGUGAUGUUGGAAGAAGUACGAAAGGGAAACAUCGUUAUGGCUACAUUGGUAUUUUCAACUCAAGAGGUCCAUUUUUGAAAGCUAAGUCGCCUUGGGCGUCGUGCGAAAGCAUUUGGCAGACAACUCCUGAUGGCUUUUACAUUAUUAAUGACUGGGCCUGCGAGGAAUUUGAAGAAUUUCUUCGAAAGAUUGACACCGCUGACGCCAAGCAAGUCAGUCCUGAGGAGGCAAAAUUCUUGGCUCAGUGCAUAGAUGAACGUUGGGAUGGCGAGUACGCCCAAUAUGCUGAAGACCCCGUUCAUGUCAAAGAUACAAACGGCCAUAAUCUCAAGGAAACUCAAACUUCCUUUUACCUGAAUCUCGUCAACAAAGCGUGGAUGGCCUCUACCGCUGGAGGUAAGGACUUCUAUCUUCCAAGAGACCUCUUCGUGAAGAGUGAAUGCGUUUAUCAGCUUCUUGAGAAUCAUGUUAGGUACGUCGCAGCAGAUUUAAAGAGUCCUUCUUUCAUAACAACUCUACGAAUUCGAGAAAACAUAGGCGUGGAUGGACUGAUAAAGGAGAUAAAGAGGUGGGCAGGUGGUUGCAGUGAGAAAAUGGAUGGAAAUCAACGAAAGGAGUUUACUACUUCUGUUUCGCACAUGAGCAAAGUCUACUCUUUUCUUUUCACGAAGAUGAAAGAGAGUAGGAAAGAAGAGAUGAAAAUACAAGAGGCAUUUUUGAAGUCUGAGAUGAUUUUUGUCCCACAUCAACCUUCCAGUCAGCCUCAGUCAACACGCCAAUCACCUGGAUCUUUUUAUUUGAACAAAGAAGUUUGCUGGAGAGAUCCGACAGAUGUCUUGUUGAGGCUUUUUAAAGAACAAGGCAAGAUGACCACAAGGCACCUACUGGAAAGGUUCUACGGAAGCAAAAGUAGCCAGGAAAGUCUUGCAACCUUUUUUGUUGAUCUUAUCCGUGUCGACGAGACACCUAAUGUGGGUGAGUACAUCGAAAUGGCUUCGACUGUUGCUGAAGGUUCUCGUUUUCCCUCUCCUUCGUCUUUGAGCGAUAUAUUGAAAAUCUUUGCAACCUUGGGAAAAAAAUGUGUCAGACGCGACCACAAUAACAGCUUACGACCUGAUCAACAAAUCGACGAAACUAUGGCUACCUUUUUGGAAAGAUCCUUACAUGACGAACAAGUACGCAUUUUUCCUACAACAGAUAAAUGGGUUGCACUUUCUGACAAGCCACUUAUAGCCGACGAUAGAAGUCUUUUCAAGAUUUUCCAGAAGGAAAAAAAGGUCCACUUUCUUGACUUCGGAGAUUUCUUUCAACCUCAGAAGCGUGGAUCAUUCAAACAUGGGCCUCCAGACGAACACGAGUUAAGGAAGCACUAUGUUUCCUUGUUCUUGAAGACCUGUAAAGUAACAAAGUUGAGUGAAUGUCUCUAG